UGCAAAAGCACGCGCUCGUGCCAGCAGCGACCACGUCGAAGCCGUCGUCGGCCAUAAAUCCAACCCACCCGUCCCCUCGUUCGUCUUCCCCCCUCGGUCCUUCUGUCCCAUGGCUCCCGUCGCAGACUUCCUCGCCAGCGUUAUCCCCUGGUCGCUCCCGCCCCACCUCCAGGGCUAUGUCCCCGGCAAGACGCCCUUGUCCACGCCGCAGGAGGUCUUCCCCACCCUCGGCUGCUACCUCGCGGUCGUGUUCAGCCUCCGGGCGUACAUGAAGAACAGGCCGCCAAUGAAGCUUCAGGCCCUCUUCCAGGCGCACAACAUCUUCCUCAGCGCGGGCAGCUUGCUCCUGCUCUCCUGCAUGGCCGAGGCGGUCGCGCCUCUAUACUGGAAACACGGCCUCUUCUGGGCGAUGUGCAAUGACGACAUGUGGACCGACAGGCUGGAGCUCUUCUAUCUUAUCAACUAUUACUUCAAGUAUCUCGAGCUGCUCGACACUGUCUUUUUGGCGCUUAAGAAGAAGCCUCUCGCAUUCUUGCAUGUGUUCCACCACUCCGCAACGGCUCUGCUAUGCUACACGCAACUCAACGGGAAGACGAGCGUGCAAUGGAUUCCCAUCACGAUUAAUCUGUCCGUCCAUGUCCUAAUGUACUAUUACUACUAUGCGACCGCUGGUGGUGCCAAGAUAUGGUGGAAGAAGUAUUUGACGACUAUGCAAAUCGUACAAUUUGUUAUCGAUCUGUUUGCCGUGUAUUUUGCAACAUACUCUUACUACACCGCUAACUACUUCCCGAACCUCCCCAGUUUCGGCAGCUGUGCCGGCACGGAAUCCGCUGCAGUUUUCGGCUGCGCGCUUCUGUCCAGCUACCUGGUGUUGUUUAUCCAGUUCUACAUCAACACGUACAAGAAGCCUGUCAAGGGCAAGGCCCCCAUGGCAAAUGGCAAGCCUAUUGCAAACGGCAAUGGCGUCGCCAACGGUCAUGGCCACAAGUUGGAGUAAAGGGGUCAUCCGCGCUCUAGGUGGAACUCCUCGCACGCGUGGCAACCACCCUCCGGCGCGCACCACACCAAACCAAAACCUCACGAAGACCCAACGAAAGCCGACAGCCCCUCCUUUCCCUUUCACUUCGAUACCCUUCGGCUCACGUACAUACAUACUCACAUUGACAUUGUCUGUCCAUUAUUCGCUUUCUCCUUAAUGUACAGCCGUUUAUUCUUUCUGCGAUGGGUUCGUGGUGUGGACUCGCUGCGCUGCCGGGGGGCGGGGGUCCGGGCC